AUGUCGGGAUAUCCAGCCGGUGGUGCUGGUGGCGGAGGCCACCAGGACUACGAUGACGGCUACGGCCAACAACAGGGUCGCGGCCAUGGAGGAAACGGAACUCAGCAGACCGAUUCCUACUACCAGGACGACCAGCAGUACUAUGAUCAGCAUGGUGCUUACGACGCCCACGGUGGUCACCCCCAGCAGGGUGGUGAUGGCUACUACGAUGAGUCGGGCUACUACAAUGCCGACCCGAACAAUGCCUACCACCAGGAUGGUGGAUACUACGACAACAACGAGCAGUACCAGGACGGCUACUAUGACAAUAACAACAACAACCCCAAUGGGUACUACGACCAGGACUACAACCAGGGACAUGCUGGUGGGCAACGCCAUCAGGGCUCCGAGGAAGACUCCGAGACCUUCAGCGACUUCACCAUGAGAUCCGACAUGGCUCGCGCUGCCGAUAUGGACUACUACGGCCGCGGCGACGAACGUUACAACAGCUAUGAUCAGGGCGGUGCUCGUGGAUUCAGACCCCCUUCCUCUCAGAUCUCUUACGGCGGCAACCGCUCUUCCGGGGCUUCGACACCCAACUACGGCAUGGACUACGCCAACAUGAUGUCGGCUGCUUCUCGCGAGCCGUACCCUGCCUGGAGUGCCGAUGCUCAAAUUCCCCUGUCCAAGGAGGAGAUUGAGGACAUUUUCCUCGAUCUUUGUGCCAAGUUCGGAUUCCAGCGGGACAGCAUGCGCAACAUGUACGACCACUUCAUGAUUCUUUUGGACUCAAGAGCUUCCCGCAUGACCCCUAAUCAGGCUCUGCUGUCUCUCCAUGCCGAUUACAUUGGUGGAGACAACGCCAACUACCGCAAGUGGUACUUCGCCGCCCACUUGGACCUGGAUGAUGCAGUCGGCUUCGCCAAUAUGAAGGGCAAGGGGCUACGCCGCAAGGCCAAGAACAAGAAGAAGAAGAAGGGUGAAGCCGAGAACGAGGCCGAGGCUCUGGACGAUCUUGAGGGUGACAACUCUCUCGAAGCUGCCGAGUACCGUUGGAAGACUCGCAUGAACCGCAUGUCUCAGCAUGAUCGCGUUCGCCAGCUUGCUUUGUACCUGCUCUGCUGGGGUGAAGCCAACCAGGUUCGCUUCAUGCCCGAGUGCUUGUGCUUCAUCUUUAAGUGUGCCGACGACUACCUCAACACUCCCGCAUGCCAGAACCUGGUGGAGCCUGUGGAGGAGUUCACUUUCCUCAACAACGUCAUUACACCCAUCUACCAGUACUGCAGAGACCAGGGCUACGAAAUCUCCGAUGGCGUCUACGUGCGACGUGAGCGUGAUCACGACAAAGUUAUCGGAUACGACGACUGCAACCAGCUUUUCUGGUACCCCGAGGGAAUCGAGAAGAUCGUCCUUGAGGACAAGUCUAAGUUGGUCGACGUUCCUCCUGCCGAGCGCUACCUCAAGUUCAAGGACAUCAACUGGAAGAAGUGCUUCUUCAAGACGUACAAGGAGACUCGAUCAUGGUUCCAUUUGCUUGUUAACUUCAACCGCAUUUGGAUCAUUCACUUGACCAUGUUCUGGUUCUACACUUCAUACAACUCUCCCAGUUUGGUCGUCGGUCCUUCGUACGAGCAACAAGCCAACCAGCAGCCGUCGACGGCCCAGAACUUCUCUAUCGUUGGAUUCGGUGGCACGAUCGCCGCGCUCAUUCAGGUUUUGGCUACCCUGGCCGAGUGGGCGUACGUGCCUCGCAAAUGGGCUGGCGCGCAGCACCUGACCAAGCGUCUCUUAUUCUUGAUCUUCAUUCUGGUCAUCAAUGUCGCGCCCUUCGUCUAUGUCUUUGUGCUUCCGAACCCCAAUGCGCAGAUUGCUAAGAUCCUCGCCAUUGUGCAGUUCAUCAUUGCAAUCCUCACCUUCAUCUUCUUCUCGGUUAUGCCGCUCGGCGGCCUCUUCGGAAGCUACCUGACCAAGAACUCGCGCAAGUACGUUGCCAGUCAGACAUUCACUGCAAGCUACCCACGCUUGAAGGGCAACGACAUGGCCAUGUCCUACUUCCUAUGGGUCGCCGUCUUCGGUGCCAAAUUCGGAGAAUCCUACGUCUACCUGACCCUGUCCUUCAGGGAUCCUAUUCGAUACCUCACCAUCAUGCAAAUCGAUUGUCUUGGCGACAAGAUCAUUGGAGAUGUUCUUUGCAAGAAGCAGCCGUACGUUCUUCUGGCUCUAAUGGCCUUCACCGAUUUGAUUUUCUUCUUCCUUGACACGUACUUGUGGUAUGUCUUGGUCAAUGCGAUUUUCUCCAUUGCCCGAUCCUUCUACAUUGGUUCUUCCAUCUGGACUCCUUGGAGAAACAUUUUCUCUCGCUUGCCCAAGCGUAUCUACUCCAAGAUUCUUGCUACUGGCGACAUGGAAAUCAAGUACAAGCCAAAGGUGCUCAUCUCUCAGGUGUGGAACGCCAUCGUCAUCUCCAUGUACAGAGAACAUCUAUUGGCCAUCGACCACGUGCAGAAGCUUCUCUACCACCAGGUUCCUUCUGAGCAAGAGGGUAAGAGAACGUUGAGAGCGCCUACUUUCUUCGUUUCUCAGGAAGAUCACUCGUUCAAGACAGAGUUCUUCCCUACCGACAGCGAAGCCGAAAGACGUCUUUCUUUCUUCGCUCAGUCGCUGUCGACUCCCAUCCCGGAGCCUGUGCCAGUCGACAACAUGCCGACUUUCACCGUUCUCAUUCCCCAUUACAGCGAAAAGAUCCUGCUCUCUCUCCGCGAGAUUAUUCGUGAGGAUGAGCCCUACUCUCGCGUCACAUUGCUCGAGUACCUCAAGCAGCUUCAUCCGCAUGAAUGGGACUGCUUCGUCAAGGAUACAAAGAUUUUGGCUGAUGAAACUUCACAAUUCAAUGGCGACGGUAACACCAACGAGAAGAACGAGAAGGACACCGCCAAGAGCAAGAUCGACGAUUUGCCCUUCUACUGCAUUGGUUUCAAAUCUUCCGCCCCCGAGUACACUCUCAGAACCCGUAUCUGGGCAUCUCUUCGCUUCCAGACCUUGUAUCGCACGAUUUCUGGCUUCAUGAAUUAUAGUAGAGCUAUCAAGCUUUUGUAUCGUGUGGAAAACCCAGAGGUUGUCCAAAUGUUUGGUGGAAACUCCGACAAGCUCGAGCGUGAGCUCGAGCGCAUGGCCCGCCGCAAGUUCAAGCUCUGUGUUUCCAUGCAGCGUUACGCCAAGUUCAAGAAAGAAGAAAUGGAGAAUGCCGAGUUCCUGCUUCGCGCCUACCCCGAUCUUCAGAUUGCCUACCUCGACGAGGAGCCUCCUCUGGCUGAGGGUGACGAGCCCCGUCUGUACUCUGCCCUCAUCGACGGUCACUCGGAGAUCAUGGAAAACGGCAUGCGCAAGCCCAAGUUCCGCAUCCAACUUUCCGGUAACCCCAUCUUGGGCGACGGCAAAUCCGACAACCAGAACCACUCGCUUAUCUUCUACCGCGGAGAAUACAUCCAGCUUAUCGACGCCAACCAGGACAACUACCUCGAGGAGUGCCUCAAGAUCCGAUCUGUGCUCGCAGAAUUCGAGGAGAUGAAGACUGAUAAUGUCAGCCCCUAUACUCCUGGUGUCAAGAGCAAGAUGACCAACCCUGUCGCUAUUCUUGGUGCUCGCGAGUACAUUUUCUCCGAGAACAUUGGUAUUCUUGGUGACGUCGCUGCUGGAAAGGAACAGACAUUCGGUACCCUUUUCGCCCGUACCCUCGCUCAAAUCGGAGGCAAGCUUCAUUAUGGUCACCCGGAUUUCCUCAAUGGUAUCUUCAUGACGACUCGUGGUGGUGUUUCGAAGGCCCAGAAGGGUUUGCAUCUCAACGAGGAUAUUUACGCCGGAAUGAACGCCCUCUUGCGAGGUGGCAGAAUCAAGCACUGCGAGUACUACCAGUGUGGUAAGGGUCGUGAUUUGGGAUUCGGCUCAAUUCUGAACUUCACCACCAAGAUUGGAACUGGUAUGGGUGAGCAGAUGCUUUCUCGCGAGUACUACUACCUCGGAACUCAGUUGCCUUUGGACCGUUUCCUCUCUUUCUACUACGCCCAUCCCGGUUUCCAUCUCAACAACAUGUUCAUUAUGUUGUCCGUCCAGAUGUUCAUGAUCUGCUUGCUCAGCUUGGGCGCCCUCCGGAAAGAAACCAAGGCUUGCGACUACAACCGCGACGUUCCUAUCACUGAUCCUCUCUUCCCGACUGGUUGCCAGAACACCGAUGCUCUCAUGGAUUGGGUGUACCGCUGCAUUCUCUCCAUUAUCUUUGUGUUGCUGUUGGCCUUCGUGCCGCUGGUCGUACAAGAGUUGACUGAGAGAGGUUUCUGGCGUGCCACCAAGCGUCUUGGCAAGCAGUUCUCUUCGCUCUCGCCGUUCUUCGAGGUCUUCGUUUGCCAGAUUUACGCAAAUUCGGUACAGCAGGAUCUCUCGUUUGGCGGUGCCCGGUACAUUGGUACUGGUCGUGGCUUUGCGACUGCUCGCAUCCCCUUCGGUGUCUUGUACUCCCGUUUUGCCGGUCCUUCAAUCUACUUCGGGUCCCGUCUCCUGAUGAUGCUUCUCUUCGCCACCGUCACUAUCUGGCAAGCCGCACUCGUUUACUUCUGGAUCUCCCUACUCGCCCUGGUUAUCUCGCCCUUCCUGUACAACCCGCAUCAGUUCGCUUGGAGUGAUUUCUUCAUCGACUACCGCGACUUCUUGAGAUGGUUGUCCCGUGGUAACUCUCGCUCCCACGCAUCCUCCUGGAUCGCCUUCUGCCGUCUGUCUCGUACCCGUAUUACAGGUUACAAGCGCAAGGCUCUUGGCGACCCAUCUGCCAAGAUGUCAUCCGACGUUUCCCGUGCGGCCAUCACCAACAUGUUCUGGGGCGAGAUUCUUACCCCUCUCCUUCUCGUGGUCGUCACCGUCAUUCCGUACCUGUACAUCAACGCCCAGACCGGUGUCUCUGCUACCAACAACCCCGAUGCCUCAUCUUCGGAGAUCAAGCGCACCAACUCUCUGAUCAGAGUCGGAGUUGUCGCACUGGCCCCUAUUGCAGUCAACGCUGGCGCGUUGAUGAUGUUCUUCUUCAUGGCCUGCUUCAUGGGUCCCCUCCUGAGCAUGUGCUGCAAGAAGUUCGGUAGUGUCCUUGCGGCGAUUGCCCACGGCAUUGCUGUGGUCAUGUUACUUGUCUUCUUCGAGGUCAUGUUCCUGCUUGAGUCUUUCGAUUUCGCCCGAACUAUGCUUGGCAUGAUCGCUGUGGUCGCAAUCCAACGUUUCAUCUUCAAACUGAUUAUCUCGCUCACCUUGACGCGUGAGAUGAAGACGGACGCAGCGAACAUUGCAUUCUGGACCGGCAAGUGGUACUCUAUGGGAUGGCACACGAUCUCCCAGCCCGCCCGUGAAUUCCUCUGCAAGAUCACGGAGUUGAGCAUGUUCGCGGCCGACUUUGUUUUGGGUCACUUCCUCCUCUUCAUCAUGCUUCCGGUCAUUCUUGUUCCCAAGAUUGACAUGCUGCACUCCAUGAUGCUCUUCUGGCUUCGUCCUGGUCGCCAAAUCCGCCCGCCAAUCUACUCGAUGAAGCAGUCCAAGUUGAGACGCAAGCGUGUGUUCCGCUAUGCCAUCCUCUACUUCACCAUGUUCAUUCUCUUCAUGGCUCUCAUGAUCGGCCCUGCCGUCGCUGGUGACAUGAUCCCUAUGAGCAUGUUUAAGGCUCUGGACUCGACGGACCUGGCCCUGAUCCAACCUACCAGCCUCAACAACGACAACACGCUAGGAGAGACUGAGACUGGUACCGGAGCGCCAGACUACUCGGGAGCCUACCUCACGAUGACUUCGUCGUCGGCAAAGGCAUCCAAGACCAGCAACUCGGAGAGAGUGCGCCUUUUCUAA